GCAACAGACUAAAAGUGUCCUUUGCUCGCAACGGUUGCACUCGAAACUCGCGUACGGUACUUGUAAACGUGGGCUAAAGCAACUACCAAAAAUACAUAUACAUAAAAAAUAUUGAAUUUUUGCAAAUUGUAAAGUGAAAUUUUGAAAUCUUAGCAAAUAUUGAAAAGUAAAUCAUUCGUGUUUCGUGCAAAGUCUGCAGCGGAGAAGAGUUUUGUGUUUGCUUGUUUCAUUUGGCAAGGCUUCAUUUGCUGCUUCUUUAUUGAAAAUUGAAUUGAAAAUUUUUUCGUUUUUAACACAAGCACACAUAAAAGUGGUGGAGAAAUCUCCUGUAGGUAGUAAAGCCAGCAGUAAAAAUAUUUAAUUUAAAAGAAAAUAUUCAAAGGUACGCACUUCAGCGAGAACUACGCAUUAGCUAAACCGUUCAAAGGCUGCUCAGCACCUACACACAUACACAAAUAGAUAAAACUGUAGCGCGUCUGCAAUUCAAGGAUACAGCUUUGCUGGGCGCUGCUUUCAAUUCACAUUCUUCUCACACAGCGGCCAAAGCGUAAAAUUUCUUCCCCUUAACGUAAAUAGUAAAUAAUAAUUAAUAUUAAAUUGUUUUGCCUGUUUGUAUAUAAUAAAUUGUUGAUAUAAAAAGUGCAUAAAAUAUUUGCAAAAUGUUUUCCAAAAUGUUUGUGAAAUUUAAAACGAAAUGAUAUGAAAUCUAAGUUUCAACGGAUUUUCGCAGUUUGCUAGAAUCCGUUAAAAAUAUUGCAAUUUACUGGCAACAGAAGUGCAGUAACAACAACAGUAGCGUGUAGCUAGCAAUUAAAUUUAAGAGUAACCCCAAAUGCCCGAAGCUCUGACACUGCCCGGCAUGGCUGAUGCGGAGCCAGAUUUGUCAACGUUCGAGAAUAAGACCGGCUUGGCCGAGGAUAUGAAAUUUCUGGCAUCGAUGCCAGAGUUGUGCGAUGUGACCUUUUUGGUUGGAGAUACGCGCGAACCAGUUUGUGCGGUUAAGGCUGUUUUGGCAUCGCGUUCGCGUGUCUUCGCCAAAAUGCUAUACUCGGCGCCAUCGCCGCAACGCAAACGUGAAGCAUCGACCAAAGAGAAUAAAUUACGGCUUUUCCUUAAGCGCUCAUCGGAGCCACUGUUGAAUCUACAAAAUGCAGCACAACAGAGGAGUGGUUUUACCCAACAAUUAGCUCCGAUACCCGAGCCGGCUGGACAGCAACAUCAGACGCUGAUUAUUGAGGAGUUCGAACCGGAUGUUUUCAGGCAACUGAUAGAGUACAUACACGGCUGUGUGACGUUGCAGCCGCGAACACUUUUGGGCGUCAUGAACGCGGCAGAUUAUUAUGGUUUGGAGGAAUUGCGGCGCGCUUGUGCUGGCUUUGUACAGUGUUGCAUCAAUGUGGACACUGUCUGUGCAUUGCUCGCGUCUGCCGAACGUUACAUCCAAUAUAAAUGUACCAAGAGCCUCGUACAAAAAGUGCUGGAGUUUGUGGACGAGCAUGGUAAUGAGGUACUUAAUUUGGGCAGCUUUACCUUGCUACCGCAGCAUGUGGUACGUCUGAUAUUGGCGCGUGAGGAGUUGCGCGCCGACGAGUUUACUAAGUUUCAGGCGGCGCUCAUGUGGAGUAAGAAGUAUUUCGACAACAAUCCGAAUAUUGAUAUGAAGGAGAUUUUGGGCAAUUUUCUGGAGUACAUUCAGUUCCAUAAGAUUCCGGCAAAUGUACUGAUGCGUGAGAUUCAUCCACUGGGCUUGGUGCCAUACUCGAUCAUUAUGAACGCAUUGGCCUAUCAGGCAGACCCAGAAAGCAUCGACCCCGGAAAGCUGUCUCCCAACUCUAGUCGCUCGCAUGGCCGUCAUAAGCACCAUCAAUCAUUACCAAAAAUUCGCAAAGCCAAAUCUCAGAGUUUCCGCACCCGACGCAGUCCAUCUGAGCGCCGUAGCCCAAAUGCCGCACCCAUAUUUGGUCAAGCGGCAAAUUUGACAUUAAACACCGCCCAAUUGGCGGCCAAUGAUAAGAAACGUAGUCCACUUACACCAAAGAGUCCCAUACUACCACAACCUGAAUCGAAAAGUCCGGGCAGUACUUCGCAGAAAACGCCGACAACAUUAUCCCGACAGGGCACAUUACGUGCUUCACAUCGCCGCAAGAACAGUAUGACUGGAUCAUUAGUGUUGGUACAAGGGCGUCGCAGUCCAGUGGGCUUUAAUGACCGCAGUCCGCAAGGACGUCGUAGUCCAUUGAUUAUGUCCAAUGAUCGCCUAAAGUCACCGAAUGAAUUGCCUGUACAACCUAUGUUCGGUUUGGGGCUGCAUAGUCCGACCGCGCGUAGUCCUACAGGUGGUGCACGCAGUCCUACGUUAAGCAUGCAUACACAGGAACGACGCUCGCCCAUCGGUGCUGCGGCGCCUGUAGAGUUCGGCCAGCCACGUCGUAGUCCCACUUCAACUGUGCAUGUGCAGGAUGCACACUACGACGAGGGGGAGCCAGAUGAGAAUGGUUUAGUGCGUUCAAGCAGUGGCAUAAAGCGUCCAUCAAUCAAUCUCUUCACACCUAUUUAUUUCGGUGGCGAUAAACGUAGUCCACUAACAGCUAUGCCUAUACCACCAAUCACUGUCUCCAAUCCGACGGAAACUGGCAGAUUAGCUGAAAAGAUUGCAGAAUCAAAUGCAGCGGCCGAAGCGGCACGCGAACUGGAAAGACAACGUGAAGAAAAAGAGAAACAAGAAGCGACAGCGGCGGCUAAAGAACCAACACCUGAGAAAAAGGAACGCACAAGUGUCAUGAAGGAAAUACUUGCCUUUGUACGUAAACCAUCUAAGCAUAUUUCUACGCGCACUAAUCGUUUCGCUAAUGCUUUUACACGCGCCGAGUCCGGCUCGUCAUCGGGACCGCUUAUUAGACAGAGUACUUUCUCAGCUAGUCCGGCCGCUUCAUCAACUGCGGCGAAAAGUGCGGUCGUAAAGCAAAUGUCCGAAGUUGCAUUCGAACCGAAGAUGUCAUUGAAAUUCGCACACUAUGCAAAAAUGUCACUAAAAUUACGUCGAUCUGCCAAUGACGAUAAGACGAAGCAAGCAGCUGCAGCCAGCACAUCGAAGCGCGCCAGUGCCGACUCCAAUUUCAGUAGUAGCGGCUUGGAUCCACAUGAUGCACAGGUAGGUCGCGCCGGUGGCAGUCUCGGCGGUGGUGCCGGCUCCGGACGUGCAUCACCGCUCGGCGAACUGCCAUUCGAGUUGGCGAAUGUGCAUUUCGAAAAGGUCGGUGAGUCAUAUAUUAAGCACGAGAAGAUACACGAAGAGGAGUACGUGGACGAAGCCGGCACCACAACCGAUACAAUUGUCACCAGUUUAGUAGAGGAGAUCACAAAUUCGCUUAAAGUAGUCUCGUUGUCAAGUGAGAACGCACAAAUAACACAUCAUUUUCAACGACGCUCCGAAAGUCGUGAGCCAAUUGAGCCGCGCAUAAGCGAAGAACGGGAAUCCGAUUCGAAUGACCUUGUAAUUCCGGAGGAUUUCCGAACUGAGCUAACCGAAAUUUUAAAGUCCUAUGCAUCAGAACCAAUAUAUGUGAAUUUGCAAGUGUUGCGCCGUGAAACUGAAGAGGCCGAGGCUGCAGCAGCCCAAGCAUUAGCCAAAGCAACCGAAAAUAGUUUAGCGACCGAGAAAUCCCCAUUGCAAUGUCCGAUUAUUGAGUUUGAGCCGCCUUCACGGCGUUCUUCAUUCGAUCCACCGCGAUCGCCAUUUUUAGAAAAUUUGCGUAGUCCCGGUGCUGAUACUGAUAACGAUCUAAUCAACUUACAACGUUUAGAUUCUGGUGGUGAUAGUUUCGAAAUGGUUGAGGGUGAUCGUAAAUCAAGUCGCGCCGAGUCAAGUUUCGACUGUCCCUAUUCGUCACGUGACACUAGCUUUGACAUAUCCCGUUAUCAAUCCACAAGUUAUGAAGAUCAAACUUCAAGCUUUGAAAUUGUCGACAUGGACGAUAAAAAGAAAUCGAAUAUUGACUUGCGUAAAUCCUCCAUUGAACUAGUCGAUGCGGAGACAUUUCAACGCAGUGGCUAUUCUUGUGGACGCAAGUCCUCUUUAGAAACACACUUUGAUUAUACACCCUCCGAUGCGAGUGGCAUGACACCCGCACGCUCACCCAACUUCCCAGUGAGCAAGAAGCAAAAACCCGAAACUCUGCGUGCGCUUCGCAUUUCACCCUUUAGUGCCUUCUCACGUGCCCGUAGUCCACUAUCCAAUCAGACCUCCUCAAACUACAGUUCACGUGACAGUUACGAUUCAAGUUCGUCUUAUCCACACUCCGCGCCCAGUCACCACGAACCGCAGCGCAGUCCGUUCGCCGAUCCGACGAAAAAACAUUUUCCGCUCACUAUCAAGCAACGCGAAGAGGAAGUUAAGACUUUUCUCUGUACUGAUCAGCGUUGCGCUUCGAUAUUUGAGCCACGCCCCAGUUCGGUAUUGACGCAACAACUCUCAACUGGUUCGAUGUCUACACCAUCGGGUUAUGGCAAUGGUACACCGUGCCCGGUGGUGUGUAGUGUAGCGGCCGGCUUUUCAAGCGGUAGUGAAUUUGAACCACCAUCACCACGUCGCGCCGCUAGUGCGUCCCCCAAGCAUACUUUCACUUUUCGCAUAGUCAUGAAGAAGGUCGAUAGUUCGCCGGAGGCUUUGUGCACCGAGCGACAUCGUAGCCGCAUAUUUGAUAGAUACCGGCGUAGAGAUAGUAGACGCAAGAGAAUACAUGAGGCUGGCAAGAGUUUUUAAAGGAUGUAAUGGAAGGUAUGCUAUUUUUGUUUUAACGGGACCGUGGUUUGAUAAAGCGUAGUUAUAAGCGGAAAUGAAGCUUGGUCUUGGUGGUAGGAGGUUCAUAAAUGUCUGGCAAAGUUAAUGCAACAAGUAAAAAUUGAGCUUGGGUUACAUUGUCUUCGCUUCUGCUACGAAAUAUGAAGAUUAAUAAAUAGCAUAAAGAUGGAGCGAAAUUAUAUCUGGUUAGGGCUGAUUGGAAUUAUUAAGGACCUAUAUAUUCGAUCGAAAAUGUGUAAAAAAAUAUGUAAAGCAGUUUACUAAAUAAUAGCAAUAAAAAUAGUUGAAGGAUGUCGGAAGAAAAUGUGAAGUUUUGGGAAGAAAAUGCUUUGAUUGCAGUAAAUAUUCCAGGGAGAAGAAUCGAAAGGUAUUUAGUUUUGAAACCCGGCAGAUGAGACUUAGUAUAGGGUAUUAAAUAUUGCUGGGUAAAUAAAGAACCAGCAGGAGAACUCAUAGUAAACGGAUUAUCAAGAGAGUAAAAGAAAGAAAAAGAUAAACGUUUGACAGCCAAGAGAAAAGAGAAAGAAAAUCUAGAUACGAAGGAUAGCCAACUUUAAAUUGACGCGUCGAAGUCGAAGUAAAAAAAAAAGAGAUAAACGUUUGACAGCCGAGAAAAAAGAGAAAGGAAAACAAGGAACGUGUGGAGAUUUCGGGCAGAGACAAUUAUUUUCAAGACAGCUAACUCUAAUUUGACUUUUCGAAGUCUAAAGUGCUAUCAAAACUUCUCAGUCCACAGUUCAUGCAAAGGACUCAGAGGUAACGAGAUGAGCAACUAAAAAUUUAUAUUUGCUCAGCGACGUACGACUUGCAGUUUAACAGAAAAGAGAGCAGAGCAAUGUGAAAAGAGAAUAGAUAUAUUUAUUGUAACUGCGAGAGGUGGAGGUCAGAACAAAGAUAGGUAAUUAAUUAAAGAAAAAACGCAUAAGAAACGAAUACUAUAGAACUUUAUAAGGAAAAUUUGAGGACUUCAGUUUCGUGUGAAAAAAGCGAGAUAUGAAAAGUAGGCGAAAUUUUCAUGUCUUUCAGAGCAUAUAUGUUUGAAAAUGACCAGUAUUGCCAUACAGCCACAGUACAGGGACUAUUUAGUAAAUAGUUAAAUGCAACGCUGCAACUGAAUUCUAAAUUUAAAACUCAGCAUGAAUGUAUGUAAUUUAUAAACUAGUAGGAAAUUUACUUAGAAACUGUUAACUAGUUGUAUGUGACAAAUGAGAGCAAAAGCGAGUUAUUGGUAAUGAGUACAAAGAGCAAAGAAGAGCAGGACAUGAGAAAGUACGCGAAAAGCAAAGAUGUGAGAGUAAGUCAAAAGCAAAGAUGAGAAAGAAAGACAAAAGCAAAGUUAAGAAAAUGAGUCAAAAGCAAAGUUAAGAAAGUGAGGCAAAAGCAAAGUUAAGAAAGUGAGUCAAAAGCAAAGAGCGCAGUCUUAAGUGAAAAAAGGGAACUAGAGCAGAACUAGAGAGCAGUGCAGGUACGAAGGAGCGCUAAAGCGUAUUAGAAAUCGUACGAGAAGGAAUGCUGUUGUUGUUGUAGUUAAAAUAAAUAAAAUUUUCUCCAAAACUAGAAAGGAAGUUGAUAGUCAAAUAGUAAAUGUGAAAUACAAAAAUAUACAAAUGAAAUUUUUUUGCAUACAUAUGUACAUAUGUGUCGAAUAUGUACUGCUUCAAGUUUUUGCAAUUCUCUUUAUGAAAAAAAAACGUUAAAAAACAUGUAUAUAGAGAGAGAGAGUUAAAAAAAAAUUAUUAAAUAAUUUACUAACAAUCCAUAUGCGCUGAACCCACUGUUCCAAACCCAGUCUUAUGAAUACAAUCGUUAUAUAGGAAAUGACGAACAAUAAUCUUAAAGAAGAAACACACACAUUGUCUAAAGUUUAACGGUACAACACUUGCAAUGAAUCAGUAAAUGUAAUU